CUUUUCAUUUAUCGUGUGAACCUGGUCAGGUAAAAAAGCUAGUAAAUAUUUAUUUAUGUGAUACGUGUGCUCUUUAUUGAUUAUUUCCAUUUGUUAUGUGCAGUAGAAUAACCGAUAAAUAUGGAAGAUUACAAAUGCAGUUUUAAAGAUUAUAAAUGCAGUUUUGAGAAUGAUAAUAUGACUGUUAAAAAGGCUAAGGAGGAGUUGCACGAAAUAUUCUCAGAUAGAGAGGGAGCUGUUGAAGCGUUAAAGGAAUGGGUUGAUAAACAAGACCAUUUGAAAACGUUUAAACAUUUUCGUUUCUUAUUGAAAUUCCUAAGAGGAGCUAAAUUUAGUCAACUAAGGGCAAGAGAAAUUCUGGAGGGCUAUUGCUCAAAUUUCAUGGAAUAUCCUCAAUGGUUUACAAAUAUGGACCCUUGUUCAAAGGCUAUUGAUCAUCUAUUAUCAAUUGGAUACGGCUUCCCCUUACCAGGCUAUGAUAAAAUGGGUAGAAAAGUCCUCUUUUACAGUAUAAGUAAACUACGUCUGGAAGAUGUUGGGGAAGGUAAACUAUUAUCCGUAGAUGAUAUGCUGAAAUAUUGGUUAAUGAACCAUGAAUACGCUACAAUGGAUGAGAAAGUUCAAGUUAAUGGAUUUAUUCUCUUUUUUGAUUACACCAAAGUAACUUUAAAGCAAAUGAGUCUAGUCGGAGGGGAUAAAGCUAAAACAUGGAAUAAAAUGGCUCAAGAUAGAUUACCGGGUAGAUUGAAAGGUUUCCACCUGUACAAUUCCGGUGCAGUAAUAGAAUUCUUCUUCGCCCUUGCCAAACCUAUCCUUAAGAAAAAGUACUUGGAAAGAUUCUUUAUUCACGAAACGUUGGAAUCUGUAUACGGGGCCAUUGAUAAAAAAUAUCUUCCUAGCGAAUUUCUACCCGAUGACUAUGACGGACCAACAGCUGGAACUUGCGCAGAGUUAGCAGAGAACUAUAAGAAGGAAAUGCAGUCACCAAAAUGGAUAAAAUACUUCCAAGAACUUUCCAACGGCAGUAUAGGAGUUGAUAAAAGUAAAAAGAAAGACACGAAAGAUGAGCCAGUAACAAUGUUCAGAAAGUUAAAUGUUGAUUAA